AUGCACUCUGCUCGCUUCCUCUUGGCUGCGGCCCCUCUCCUGUCCCUGGCUGUUGCCCAGGACGACUCCACCAACACCCAGGAUGACUGGAUGACCAUGACCGACGGUGGCGAUGAUGGCUACACCGUGACGGCAACCUACGACGACAGCAUUCCUGCUACCAGCUACCUCGCCGACAUCUACGGAACAGGCAUUCCCGCAGCUGCCACGGGUGCUGCCGCCACCAGCUUGGCAGAGGCCAUUUACAGCUACGAGAUGGCUCUGUACACAGACCCCGCCUACAAGUCGGCAGCCGACGAUAUCUACAAUGCCAUUGCCACCGCCAGCAACGUGGACGAGAUCUUCUCGUCGCUGGACGGCGGCGGCGUCAUCAGCGGUGCCUUCACCACGGCCGCCUGGUACGUCGACGGCGUGCCCGACAGCGCCAAGAGCGAGUUUGCCAGCGUCAUCUCGGGCUUUAGCUCUGUCCAGUCCAGCGUCCUGGCUGCCGCUGCCGCCACCACCACGGGUGCCUCCGCCACGGGCUCGGGUGCCUCCACCACCAGCGGCGCCUCCAAGACGGGGUCCGCUGCUUCAGGAUCGGCUACCUCGACGAGCUCUAGCACUGGCGGCGCCCCUGCUGCUAGAAUUACUGGCGGUGCCGUUGCUGGAUUGGCUGCUGCUGCUGCUUUCGCCAUGCUGUAG